AUGAACAUCUUUCGCGUGGCGAGACAAGCAGCUGCUGCCGAAUGGCAUCGAGCUUUCGGCCGCGCAGCAAGACCAUUGACGACCGCACACGUUCCAGCUCGACUACAGCGCCAAGCGGUCUCAACAAGCAGUCGCGCAAGCAGGUCGCAAAAUUCUGGAAAGUCAUCACCGAAACACCUCACACCCAUUUCACGCAUCUCCAAGUCGACCAGAUUCACCCGCCCGCGGCCGUGUCAAAGCAUCACAGGUUACAUUACUCGCCUGCACCAACUCAUUUACUGCUUCGACGAAUUUCAAACCGCUGUCGAGGUCCGCGAUGCUUUACAAGCUCGCUUGGAGGAGCUGGUCCCAUCGGAAGCAGAUAAGAUUGAACGAGUCUCCAAAACUUCGUUUGCUGAUCCAGACGGGAGGAUUGGUGCAGCAAUUUCACGCAUGGAAAGAGUUGCGGGAGAGAUACUGGUAUCGCUAGAACCUGGAACUGAGGAUGGAGGUGUGCCGACUUUGCCUGUGAAGUUAGUGAGGCAAGUGAGAGGAUUUGGAGAUGCUGUAAAGAGGAACGCGCUGGAGAAGGUCAUUACAUCCCUUCAACAAGCCAAGCGCGAUCGACUACUUCAUGACACUGACCCGGUCCGACACCGAUACAAGCCUAGCGAAGCCCAUGUUGCCGAUCUCGAGCGGCAGAGAGCUGCACUGGAGAACGGGCAAGAUAUGCCUCAUAUACGAAGUGGUGAGAUGUCAGCUGAAUUGAAGGCCCUUUGCGAAAGUGGUGCGGAAGAGGCAUUGAAAAGUGAAGUGAUCCUGAGGCAGCUACGAGCUGUGCACGAUCCGCCUGUUGUUGCGACUAAUGAGAAGAACUAUGUUGAGUGGAAAGAGCAGGGGCUGGAGCCAGCUGUGGUUGAGGGGAGUGAAGAGUUAAAGAAGAGGUGGACCGAUGUUCAAACGGAGUUGGCAAACCGACAAGCGAUUCGAAUCGGUCUACUGGAUAGAUCCUACUCGAUAGAAGAGCGCAGGAAAGUUCGGCAAGGUACAGGAAAUCGGGGCAUCACUGAUAUCGACUAUUGGGAUCAGAAGUGGGUGAAAGUAAGAGGCACCGCCUUCGAAAACUUGCAAAAAGCCGAAGAAGGAUUCAAGGCCAUACAGGAUGAAGCUAUGAGAGCUGGACUUGGGCCAGCAACGCUGGAAAACUUUGGUGAGGUAGACAGUCAGAUUUUGAUCUUCGAUGAGCAUGCAGAAGACGAUGAGUCGGCGUCGGUACGUUCGUCUGCUUUCUCUGACCGGCUUGCGAAGCGUGACGCCUGGCAAUGCUGGGUCAUGCAAAUACUGCCUACCAUGGCCGAAAGCCGAAUGACAUCUGAGCAAGACAGCGACGAGAUUUCUCCAAAUUGGGAUACGUCCUCGAUAGACUUUGGCAAUGGAAACAGUCUCACAGGCCAAGAUGUGCGCGACGGCGCCUUUCCAACUGCAGCCAGAAAGGCGCAUAUCAAGAAAUGGAAAGCACAUUGUGAGGCACUUAGAAGCGACGCAGCUGCGGUUCGUGACCAGCGGAGAUUCUUGGUAUUGUAA